UCUUGCACCAUGUCCUCUAUGGGCUCCCUCUUGUGCAGAUUCUACUGAUUGAAGAAGAUUUCUUCAUUUCUCCUAAACCCAGCUACACUCAAAUUAUAAUAGAACCCCCCUCUCCUUUUCAAAAUUAUAAAAUUCAUCCCCAAUUGGUCCUCCAUUCUCUCAAGCAGACCCCUCCCCUUUUCCCAGGGAGGACUGCUACGAUCUGAUUUGAGUUAAUUUGCGGUAUUUUACGAUUGAUAUAAGCGAAAGGGCCAAAUGGGUAUUGUUUUUACGCGAUUAUUUUCAUCUCUCUUUGGUAAUAAGGAAGCUCGGAUCUUAGUAUUGGGCCUUGAUAAUGCUGGGAAAACUACCAUUUUAUAUCGGCUUCAGAUGGGUGAAGUUGUUUCCACUAUUCCAACAAUUGGGUUUAAUGUGGAGACGGUGCAAUACAACAACAUAAAGUUUCAAGUUUGGGAUCUAGGUGGGCAGACAAGUAUAAGACCAUAUUGGAGGUGUUACUUUCCAAAUACUCAAGCCAUAAUAUAUGUUGUUGAUUCAAGUGACACUGAUAGGCUGGUGAUUGCUAAGGAUGAGUUUCAUGCAAUAUUGGAGGAGGAUGAGUUGAAAGGUGCUGUUGUUCUGAUAUUUGCCAACAAGCAGGAUCUUCCAGGUGCACUUGAUGAUGCUGCAGUGACUGAGGCUUUAGAAUUGCAUAAGAUUAAAAACCGGCAGUGGGCCAUUUUCAAAACUUCAGCCAUAAAAGGAGAAGGCCUGUUUGAGGGCUUGGACUGGUUGAGCAAUACGCUUAAAUCUGGAGGCGUUUAAGCUUUUCGAAGGAUAAUGUAGUGCUUGCUGUAAUUGACUGAGGCUGAAUAGGAAGUAUAUGGCUAUUACUUGGUACGCUAUGAAUGUCAUCAGGGGUUUUUGAUUCUCACAGUUUUCUCAAGCAAACUACUGAUAAUGUUAAUGUCCAUUUUUUCCUCCAAAAGAACUCAAAGAUGACGCACAUCUGGCUGAUCUUACCCUUUUUCCUUAUGGUUCGGUUGUCAACUGCAUCCAUGAUCCAUCUCUUUUCAAGGAUUACCCCCUUGCACAAUAUAAUAUAGUUUUUUUUUUCUCCCAAACUCUGCAUGAUUUGUAUCUCAGUAUUGUAGCUUUCCUAUUAUAAACCAUCACUCGUUAUGUGGCAAUUUUUUGGAGAAUCUUAUAUGCUCCUUCAGCUC